AUGACUGAGGUCGGGCCUGCCGACCGCUCCAGGCUUUUGCGAUUAAAACGCGAUGAAUUCUCAGCUCGCUCUUGCGAGCCCGGCGAUACCAAUUUCGUCGUGUUGAUAAUUUUUAGUUCAAUUGUAACGUCGAGGAAGCGGAAGCUGCGCCAGCUCUUCGCUGUCGCGACCGAGAGCGAUGCACUCCCGACAAACGACUUCGCGAACCCUGACGCGCCGCCCACCUCAGCAGCCGAGCUGCAAUUCCUGCAGACCUGUGACAUCUCACAAGGACGGAAGCUCAACGAAGCGAAUGUUCCUGCCCGACCUCAACUGCGCUACGAUGUCUUAAGGAACUCCCUCGAUAACUCUGGCCUUUUCGCACCCGAGCCUGCGCCUGCGCCUCCCGCCAAGCAAGAUGCCUCUGCCGAAUCGCAAGUGAACAACGCUCCUGCGCCCGCCCAACGACGGCCUGUAGCUGCAACCACCGAAACGAACGGCAUCGCACCGUCACCUCGAACACCCGCUGGCUUUACUCUUCCUUCAUCACUCCCGCCAAAGCCUCCGACGCCUGUAUCUACUGCAGCGACGCCAGCGACUUCGACUCGAUCCGACGUUGCCAAACCGUCUGCUGUACCCGCCGUUGCCGUCUCGCCAUCAUCAGCGUCGGUUCCCACGAAGGAUCCCCUCCACGCAUCACGGGAAGAGGGUAGCGAGGCUGCAGAUGCAGAUGUUGCUGAGAAGCCCGCGUCCUCUCCCGUGCGCAACGAACCUAGUGGCGUCUCUAAGCAGGCAGAGUCCAAACCAGCCGAUGCGCCACAGGUGGUUUCUCCUCAACCCGCCCCUCAACCACCGGUUGCCCAUCUGCCCCCUCGGCCAGAUACUAAGAGACCCGAGGAUACGAAUCCUCUGACUGUGAAGCUCCCGUCCGAUGCCGCGAAGGUAGCAGAUGGGUUUUCUUCACCGGGCUCGACAACACAAACAGCCGCGACCCCUGCUGUUCAUGAUGUUUCCACAGAUACCAGUCCAGAUAAUGAAGGACCUCAAUAUGUGGAACGGCUGGAAGUUCGAAAUGAGGCCGAUGCAGUGGACAGGGCCGAUGAAGCAAAGGAAUCCGAUACCGGGCGUUCUUCUGAUGCCGAUCCGCUCAACGGCAGAAUUCCGGACGGGCCCGAGGCCCAGCUUCUGCAAGAAUCAAUGGCGAUGGACUCCAAGCCAACACCACCACCACUUGAAAACACCGCGAAGCAGCCGUCGCCACCUACCGUCCCUGCUGUACCCGUCGCACCUUCAAAGGAAGCACACGAGUCCACCAUACCCUCUACCCAAAGCAUUGCGCGAGAUGCUCCCCAUACGACGGUUGGGCCCACGAUGCCUCCCGCACCCAAAGAAAUUCCGGAUAGCCAGGAGUCUCAAACCGCAGAUAGUAUGGACGUGGACCCGCCCAACAACACCCAACCAGAAGAGAAACCUUCUGUCCCGGUACCAGAUACCAGUGUUCAACCUAGCCCAGCCGAAACCCAAACCCCAUCUCAAGCAUCAACGGAGACGCCACAGGAUCCAGAGAGAGCAGUCACUCGAACCGCAUCAGGCGCUAUAAGACAAAAGUCUGUUGCCGAAAUCUUGGGAGAAUCCAAGCCUGCAGACCCUACUCAGACUGGCGUGGCUGUCAGGGUACCACCGAACCAGCUUACGCCAAUGACAUCUACUCCUCAAUCCCCGACGAGACCAAAAGUCUUCGCGAACAAGAAGAAAGAGAAGGAGAAAGUCAAGAACAAACCUUCUGCUGUGGUCUUUGGCAAACAAACCAAGCGAUCCGUCGACAAGUCCCUCGUGCCCAGUCAGCAGAAACAAAGCUUUCUUCCCACAGACGACUAUUUCACGCCACUCUUUGUUCAGGGCUUUACCCAGACGUCAAAGUGGAUGAAGCCGAUAGAGGUUAUUCUCAACCAAUCCCACAAGACGGUAUCUACACCGGACGCCUAUGUGGCCAUCCAAGACAACCAGGCAUGUCGAGUACUCCGCCGUGUCUAUCACCUGCAGCAGCAUGACAAAUGGUCGUUGCGGCAGCCCAAGAGAUGCCCGGAACCUGUACGCCCAGAGUCCCACUGGGAUGUCUUGCUCCAAGAGAUGAAAUGGAUGAGAACAGACUUCAGGGAAGAGAAGAAAUGGAAGCUCGCGGUCGCUCGCAAUCUUGCACACGCUUGCGCGGAAUGGGUCGCUUCAACAGAGGAAGAACGCAAGGAGCUUCAGGUUCCUGCUUAUAUCCCGCCGAAGCCCCAGUCGGUUGACGCCGAGGCCGACACAUCAAUGGUUGAUGCUACGUUGGAUAUUGUCGACGCCCAGGGGACGCCUGAGUUGGUGCCCUCUGGAGACCAGGACUCCCCCGAUCAAGUCGAUGAGUUGCGUGAAGAGGUUCUUGAGACGAUCGCACCCUCUGCCAUAUUUGCUCUCGAAGAGGACGACGUCGUGUUUGAGCUUCGAAGCUCUCCGACCGCCGAUCAGCUGCUGCAGGAGCUUCCGAUGUACGGAGCGCCUCUCAAGGUUCCUGCAUUUGAUUUUACUGGCCCUGAGUUCGACCCUGAUGCGCACUGGCGUCGCCCUGCUCUUCCGCUCAGCAAGUACGUUGAAGGCGAGAUGAAGCUCUCAUCAGAGGGGCCCCCAAGGAAGCGGAGCCGAUAUCAGUACGAGGAGGAGGAAGAUGAUGAGGACGAGAAGAUAGUGUUUGGAUCUCAUCCUACGAAGAAGAUGAAGCUGCCGCCGCAGAACGUCAACGUGGCUCUGUUCAAUCCCGAAAUGAAGUCUAUCAGGGACCGCCUCCACGCGGGCCAUCAGUUCCGACCCCCGGCAGAGUAUCAGAUGCCGAUGCAGAGCUUCUACGAGUGCCGCAGCCCGUCACAGUGGACUUUACCCGAGGAUGACGAAUUGCGGAGUCUGGUUCGCGAGUACUCGUACAAUUGGUCACUCAUUUCCAGCCUCCUCACUCCAAGGUCUGUUUUCACGUCCGGAGCAGAGCGGAGGACGCCGUGGGAAUGCUUUGAACGUUGGAUCAACCUCGAAGGCCUUCCUACAGACAUGCAAAAAACACAAUACUUCAAGGCAUAUCAGAAUAGGAUUGAUGCUGCCAACCGCGUCAUCAUGCAACAGAACCAGAUCGCUCAGCAACAAGCCGCUGGCUCGACAACGCCAGCGACGCCGGUCGCUAGGCGCAGACCGUCGACGCCUCUUAGGGUCGAGCGACGACGCAACCAGAAGCACCUGACGCUGAUCGAUGCCAUGAGAAAGCUGGCCAAGAAGCGGGAGACUGCAGCUCAGAAGCAGCAGCAUGCCACCCAGAUGGCUGCUAUGCGCAAGGCCAACGAGGCUGCGCAACCCAGAGGACCUACCAAGACACCUAGAGACUACAGCUUGAUGAGGUGGGAGCGUGACCAACAGCUCGCCGAGAAGGUGGCUCAAUUCCACCAGCGCCAGGAGACCCAAAGAAGGAUUGCUAUGCAAGCACGGCAAGGUCAAGUCGCUGCCCAGAUUGCAACCACUCCUGGUGCCGGCCAGGUGCAGCCAACCCCCGCGGCGCAGGUCAACGGCAACAUUCCUCGCCCGAACAUGCCAAACCAGCUCGCUGUUCCGGGCCAGGCCGGCCGAGGUCGUAUGCCGAUGCAAGCGCCGACAGCCAAUAUGGGUGGUUUCCCCCUGCCAUGCAAAUGA